AUGACGGCCACAACAUAUAGCAACAAUGUGGAAAAACUCUCCAACGCCAAGGAGGAACGGAAGUUAAGAAAACCUCUCAUUGAAAGAAAAAGACGAGAACGGAUCAACAACUGUCUGGAUCAACUGAAAGAAACAGUGGUUGGCGCCUUUCGUUUGGAUCAAUCCAAACUAGAAAAGGCAGACAUCCUCGAGAUGACAGUCAAACACCUUCAGAAUGUUCAAAACAGCAGAAUGAUUGCCGAUACAAAUAUUGGACUUGAAGCACAGCAGAGGUACAGUGCCGGCUACAUCCAGUGUAUGCAUGAAGUUCAUAACCUGCUGUUAACUUGCGACUGGAUGGACAAAACCGUUGGGGCGCGUUUGUUGAACCACCUGCUCAAGUCCCUGCCCCGAUCCAGCGAAGAUUCGCGUCAGGCCAGACUGAAGAAUCCUCCAGUCAACCUGCAAGCUGCUGCUCAGACUCCGCUCUCUCCGGUGAGCCACGGGCACAUGCCUUCAAUCAACGCCGCUUCCUCCGGAGCCCCGGAUUCAUUUCCCCGCUCCUCGCCCGAUCCGAUCUGCAAUCCCGGGUUUAAAACGUGCGGGAAAAGCGUGGAACAAUUCCCAAGUCCUACAGCAAACCUUCAGCAGCCCGCCAGCUCUGCUACCCAACAGCUCCAAGAAGACUUGGCCUUAAUGCACCAUCCGUCUGUAGCAUGUGCUGAAGUGUGGAGACCCUGGUGAAGGGACUGACGGCUUCUCUCAUCACUAGACUUUCCUUAUGUAUCUCAUAGAUAUGCUUUUCGAAACACUUCCGGGCAAAUCUUGUCCUUUAUGUGUGCAAAAAUCAGGGUACUUCACGCUGAAGGGUGCUUCCCCGUAGCCUGUAUUGUAGAAGGCAUUUACAAUGUUGUAUUCAAUGAAAUACAUCUAAUUUAUUGGAUAGAGUUGCUUGCGGGCUUUUUA